UUGUUUUCGCAGUGGAGCAGCACAGCUGUUCUGGGCCGAACAGCCUGAGUUUUUGGUUUCUUAUAUCGCGCUGGUUUUGUUGUAUAUAUAUCAGCCUGACAGCUUGCAUUGUCGCUUGUUGCUCCCGGCUCUUUAGCCACAUCUUUCAGCCGCGCGCGGUGCUCCUUUGUGGCGGGUGUCUCGUGCAGUGUGUAGGGGUUCACGGGAGGAUGGUUUUGUCAACAUCACAACAAGUCGCCCUGGCUUUCACAGCGGUGCUUUUUACAUUUGUCGUCCUGCCGAGGUUGUUCGGCGUCGGCGGCGGGGCCGGGGCAAAGGAGACGAGGUUUGACCCUCGCUACACCAGAAAAGCGGGUCCGGGCCCGGGCGCAGUGAGAGGCCAGCCCAUCAACGUGAACACCCCCGGCUCACCUCAGUCUCCUGAGAACAUGCAGCAGAUGAAGAAGCUGAUGGAGCAAGAGCUAAAGGGUGACAAGUACAAAUCCAAUAGCAACAAGGGCUACGUGUUCACACUCAUGCCCCUCUACGCCAUCGGAGUCGGAGUGUUUGCAGCCUACAAGUUUCUGAAGAUCAAGUCCGCAGAUGACCAGGCACAAAAGGACAAAUUUACAAAAGGAGCCAAAAAAUCUGUGGAGGCAGAGAACCAGUUGAAUGAACUGGAACAAAGGCUAGCGCAGACAGAAAGGAUGCUCAAUUCCAUCCUCACCCAGCUGGACCCGCUCACUAACUGCGUGAAGUCGGUGGCACAAGACCAGAAGAAUGAGAUCAUGAGCCAACUCCAGACCAUCCGAUACCUGAUGAAGAAGAGAGGAAUGGACUGUCCACCUCUCAACAUCAACGAGGCAUCCUGUGAGCGUAAUCUUGAUGACCUCAUUGAGUCACUCGGGGCCAGCGACACCUAUCUGGUGGACACACAGCCCUCUGCUGGAACAGUGGCAGCUUCUGAAAAAGUCUAUCAAAAACCUUUAGAAGCUAAAGAUGAAGCUGCAACAGAGGGUGAGGACAUGAAGGAGCUAAUACCGGAGGAGUCUGACGGGGAAGCAGAGGAAGAAGAAAAAGGGGAUGAGGAGGAAAUGGAGGAGGUUGACAGAGAAGAGGAGGAAGGAUUGGAGGAGUGUGAGCUCAUGCCUUCGCUAGAGGAUUCUUCCGAGAUAAACAUUGAGGAGGUCAGAGCGGAGCAGCCUGCAUCUGGCCUCAGGCGACGCAACAGGCCUGAAUGAACUCACUGCACUGUACAGAAAUCUGAAAAAUUAUUAUGAAUAUUUAUUACCUGAAAGGCUUUCAUUCCAAAAUGCUACGUAAAUCUAUCUCCAUACUCACGCAGGAGCAUCUAAUGCAUUAAUUCAUAACAAUAACCUCCAUAAAGGUAAACUUUCUAAAAGUAAACACAUGGGGCUCUAUUUUCUUGUUGCUGUCGUGGAGACCAGCACAAACCACCUGCUGUAGGUCAUGUGAACAAAGUCAAUGAGGACAAAGCCGAGUGCAACUGCUGUUUCCGUUGACAUACUGUAGAUGCAGUGUGUGCAGAAGUUGGGUGAACUUAGAUGAUGUGCCUUUUUAAAACCUGAAUUCAUGUUUGUUGUGAUGACAUAAAGAUAGGGGAUACAUUAAUGGAAAAACCAACAUUAAGUGUGCAGAUGUUGGGUGAACUUAGAUAUGUCUUAUUAAAACCUGAAUUCAUGUUUGUUGUGAUGACAUACAGAGGUUAAAAAGUGUUCACUAGGGUCAAAAUAAUAACAGGAAGUUAUUGUCAGUUUUAACAUAGAAACCCACAAUCCAAAUAUUUACAUAAUGGAAACAAAUAAAUGAAUGAAAAAAAAAUUAUGGAAAAAAGCCGAUCACAACACAAAGCUAACACAUCAAAGAUUUUCAUGCUCGCACCUGUUCCCUGCAUCUACAUUCAUAAUGCUACUACACUCAUUUGUUCAGGUUUUUUCCUUUAGUUUGUCACCCAUCUGUAUGAUAAUGUGAUGCGGUCCACACAAUAACCGGAUGUUUGCUUAUAGUCUACUGCAUACAGUUCAUAUAGUUUAAAAGCAGAAAAUGACAGAUAGUAAGAGUCACCUGUUAAUCUCACUAGUCUACCGUCGCUCAGUACAGACUGUUUCAAUGACAUUCCUGCUGUCAGUUGUGUUGAAUUUGUACUGUUGAUGUCAAUUCAUACGAUCCCGACAGCAUCCUUGUUUUAGUGUUUGUGCUGACAUGAAAAUAGAGCCCAUAAUGUCCUUUACUUUCCUGUUUUCAGUCAUUUUAUAACUCUAAUUAUCACCUUUUUAAACUCUCCUGAUUUUGGAAUGAAAUUAAUUUAUAUACUUUUUUGUUGACUGUCAUCUCUUUAGGUUUGUACAUGCUCCAAUGCUUAAGCCAAACAUUUAAAGCGUCUGUAAUCCUGCAGGUUGUCUCAGAGUCAGGGACUAAAUCGAUGGCUGCUUGCUUGCCUUUACCUUGCCUUCCUCACUGUGGAUAACCUGUCAAACACAGGCGCACCUAAUAACAUUAAUCAUGGCUGUAUUCCAUUCAGAUGCUCAGUUCAAGGGCCCAUACUGGCUCACUGUCAUGUCUUACUGGGACAUGUAAAGGGAGCAGAGCCGUUGUUAAUGGGAUUAGUUCCACCUGUGCUUCUCCUGCUAUGACAAGUCAAAUUGUGUGCUGCGAGAAAGAUCUGUUGAUGUGAUUAUUCCUCUAUGAUCAAUGUCACAGCACACAAGCAUGAAGGUUUUUCCGUGUCUAAGGUUGGUCUGGAGAAAAUGUGCUUUCAUUGUAAAUCUGCGCUACACUUCCAGUGACUGAAAGAAUCACAGAAACUGAUGCUGUCACGAUAAAAUGAAGUCUAACCAUAAAUAAUUCAACUUUCCUUUUUUAUUCUGAAUGCAUAUACAAAAUUCUUUUGUAUCAUAAGGCGACUGACGCUAAUGCUGCUGGAUGUGAUGAGCCUACUUAGAUAGCAGAACAUUAUAAUGUACGUUUUAAGUGUGAUCCCGGGCUUGUGGUAUGUUGUUUAUACAUGAAAACAUAAGUGCAUGUUUUUUGUUUUCUAUGACUUGUUAGCCUGCACAAUGUGACUGCAUGAUGUUUUCUUUUAAUAAUUCAAGAGGAUAAUGAUGAUCAACCAGAAACACAUUUAGUAUUUGUUUUUACUGUUUCACUGUUACCAACCCUGAUCCAACUCUGCAGAAUACGUCAUAAUAUAGCUGCAUAAUAAUACAAUUUAUUUCACUUAUGAGGAAUCUGUUAUCAGCUUGCCUUAUAUUUUAAUCAUUUUUUGAAAUUGUGAUAUGAAAUCUUUGUGAGGCCACUGUGAGAAGGCUUUCAGGUUGUUUCCAUGUUGUCUCUUGCUGGGUAACAUACAUCAGACUAUUAGGGUGCUUCAUAUGGAAUAUUGACCCAAUUCUAAAUACUGUACAACAAACAGUUUUAGACUGUGAUUUUUAAAGCUAAAGGAAUCCUGCUGUAAAUUGUAUCAGUUUUUUGGUGUAAAUGCCACAAUAAUACCUAUGACUACAGCACCUGAGUAACAUAAAUCUGAGUAUGUAUGAUACAUUUCAGAUCAUAUCUCCACGCUUACUACAGAUUAGCACUGUACAGUUGAGGAUAAUAUCCUGUCAUUUUUUGAACUGAAUUUAAUAUACUUGCUGGAAUGGUAAUCCAAAUGUUGACGUAACACAACGUGCUAAAAGUGUGGUUUAAAAAAAACCUUCUCAAAUUCUGAAGACUAAUAUCUAUAAUCACAGUAAAACAGGUGGAAUUUAUCAUUUUAGCUUAAAUUAGCUGCCCAAUUAUUCCCACUCAUAUUAUCACCGUUUUGACUCCAUAGUUUUACAACAGAAGAGAUUAGAUCUAUUAUAUAGAUUUACACAACACAUUGAAAUUAUUGCAAUGUCUUGGAAUUCAAAAAUCUUUGCCUUAAUUUAAUUUGUAAAAGGUUUGUAUCCUUUCUUAUUUAUGCAUACUGUUACAUUUCUGUGUUGAAUGUUGUGUGUUUCAUGAGGAAGUUGAGUGAGAAAACUCAACUUGUCUAACUAGAAAAUAAAACAAU